AACUCGCAGAUGACGUGUCAAGAAAGAUGGCAGCGCCUAUGAUGGAGCUCAGCAACCAUAACAGCAAUGAUCUUUCUCAUCUAAAACGCACAGACAGCCCCAAAUCUCCCUCUGCGGACCGAAACCUGACAGAUGAUGUGGUUCAACUCGUACAGAAAGAGAUCGGCAGUGAUCUUAAGUCGCUAAAAAAUGUCGCGGGGCUUUUGGAGAAACUGACACUUGAGAACAAGCAGCUGGAGGAGCAGGUUGCGACUGUAUCAUCUUCGGUUCCCUUGCGAGUGUCUUCUGCCCUGUACGCAGCAGAGGAAUCUCGUCUCAAACUGGAGGCUUUACUAGAAAAGGAGAGACUUCUGUCCAACACUCUACAGCAGCAUCUUCAGGGCUCACAGGUCUGGGCGGACAGCAUUGGACAGGUCCUGGGUCAGCUCGAUACAUUAGAGAGGCAAAUGAAGUACCUGCAAUGUUUGGCACGUAUCGAGGAGCUCAGUAACAGUAUUCAACAGCAUCUGAUGACCAACAGCGUGUGGGAAGCUGUUGGAGCCAUAGACAGCAUGGCCUCUCUGGACAUGGGUUUACGAGAGUCGGGCUGUAGCCACCUGCAGGCAUUUCUCAGAGAAACACUUCGAUUUUGGCACAAGAUUCUCAAAGACAAACUAGCCAGUGAUUUUGAGGAAGUCCUGACGCAGUUCCAUUGGCCGUUCAUUUCGCCCCCCACCCAGUCCCUCUCUCCUCCUGCAAAUGCUCAGGAGCUCAACAGCCAGCUGGAACUGCUGGCCUCUCAACUUCUUUCUCUCCAGACCUCUGAUGACCUUAUAUCGGAGAAGGAGGCACCGUCUUGCCCUGGACUUUCUCAGAAUCCCCCUCUCUCGCUGCCCAUUCAGAUAAUGCUGCUUCCGCUCAGCAAAAGGUUCAGAUAUCAUUUCACAGGAAAUCGCCAGACCAACACCUUAAGCAAGCCGGAGUGGUAUUUAACCCAGGUGCUCAUGUGGAUGGGGAACAGCUCCAACUUUAUGGAUGAAAAGAUUCAGCCUAUAUUGGAUCGCGCUGGGAGCAAGAUUACUGCCAGGGUGGAGCUGUUUAGAGGUCUCCUCACUUUAGCGCAGGAGAAGCUCGCCCGUGAUGCUCCUCGGUUGCUCUACGACGAUGCUCUUUUUUGCCACCUCGUGGACGAAGUGCUGCAGUUCGAAAAAGAGCUUCGCACCACCCACUCCUACCCACGUUCUUACCCCGGUGUCUUGCACAUACUUCUGGAUGAGGCCGUGCUCCAGAAGUGGCUUAGCGUGGAGAAAAAAAUGGCUGUGGAAAAAGUGGAUGCAAUGCUGUCUGCGGAGGGAGCGUGGAGUUCUCAGUACAAGGACAUCACCGAUAUGGAUGACUUUAAAGCCCCAGACUGUGCAGAGACAUUUAUGACCCUACUCCUAGUCAUCACGGAACGCUAUCGAUCUCUGCCGUGUCCACGGGCCCAGCUCAGUUUUCUGGCUCUGCAGAAAGAGCUGAUGGAUGAUUUCCGAAUCCGCCUCACGCAGGUGAUGAAAGAAGAGUCUCGACAGCCGCUGAGUCCCCGUUACUGUGCCAUCCUCAAUGCUACCAACUACAUCUCCACUGUUCUCAGUGACUGGGGGGAUAAUGUUUUCUUCUUGCAGUUGCAGCAGGCAGCAGUGUCUGUGGGUGAGGAGAUUUUGGGCCCUCUGGGGGCGACCGAGACGGGGCGACUGGCCUCUCUGGAGGGCUCUUUGUUCGAAGGCUUAUUGGCCCUGCUGGAAAGGUUACGAGGGGACAUGCAGGGUCGAUUACUGGACACAGUCAUGAGAGAUGUGAAGGAGAAGGCUCAGACAUAUUGCAAAGACAGAUGGAUCUCCUUGCCAUCGCAGUGCGACCAAGCCACCAUGUCGUUAUCCAGCUCUGCGUGUCCCAUGAUGCUUUGCUUGCGGGAUCACCUGCUCCAGUUGCAGCAGCUGUUAUGCGUUCCUCUUUUUCAGAUUUUCUGGCAGGGCCUCGCCGAGAGACUCGACAGUUUCAUCUACGAAGACUUGAUACUCUAUAACCAUUUCAACGAGGGCGGUGCUGCACAACUGCAAUUUGACAUGACCAGAAAUCUCUUUCCUCUGUUCGGCCAUUACUGCAAGAGACCUGAAAACUUCUUCAAGCACGUAAAGGAGGCCUGUAUCAUCCUGACUCUCAAGGUCGGCCCAGCGCUGUUGUUGUGGGACGUAUUAAAGCAGGGGGAAGAAGAUGAUGGAACCCGAAACCAUCAGCAACCCAGUCCAGAGGCAGCGCUGAAUGAACUGGGCAUCUUUAAGCUGGCGCCCAAUGAUGUCCAGAUCCUUUUAAAGCUGCGCUCCAACUUGCUGAACCAAUGAGAAAUCAACCAAUGAGAAAUCGCCUCUUUUCUCUGGUCUGGCUUCCGAUAUAGCUCUUACCAAACUUUACCAAACACUAAGAGACAUCUUAUAUUUGAAAUAUGACAGAUACCCUAAUUCAGCUGAUUUAUAGUAUUUACAGUGGACUUGACUGUUAAAGAGGAACUAUUAAUAAAUUCAUGAACUUUU